GAAUCAUACCUCCACAAUGGCUGUUCUCCCCUCUACUUCAUACCUUGAUCGCAGACCGGCUACUGCACUUCCAAUGCUCCAAGUGGAAUACAUCACUGCCACCAGUUCUGAGGCAGAGAACUUGAGAACUGCCUUCCUCUAGGAAUGGACGGACACUCACACCAAUCUCACUACCAUUGCCCUGUCAACCAUUCGGAAAAGAAGAACCGCUCAGGCAUGUUUUGUUGUUGGGAAUCAGGUUGUCCAUGGCCGUGAGGAAGAUCGGCUGAGUGUUUUUAUUAUCAUUAUUUUGGAGUGAAGCUGGUCAUGAGAGGUGGAGCCAUGGGCGGGGGAGGGGGCGGUUUCGGAGGCGAACGCAUUGUGUCCGGAGAGCCCUGCCUUACCCCGAUCCGCGUUAAGGGUAACGACAAGACUAUCCUUGACGAUGCCCGACAAGGAAACCUGACUCAGAUGAAGAAAAGGAUGAGGAACUCGAUUUUCAAGAAAAGCGAAGACAUCAAUCAGCAAGAUGAAAGACAUUGCACACCAAUGCAUUACGCAGCCAAAAACUCGGACAUCGAAAUGAUGAGAUUCAUCAUAGAAAAAGGCGGCGAUAUCACAGCCAAAGACAAACAUGGUUGGAGUCCUCUCCAAUAUGCCGUGCGCUAUGCCAAAGCUGGGGCGGUGGAAUUCCUCAUCCAAGCCGGAUCUGAUAUCCAACACCGUGAGAAAAAAGGCUGGACUUCGCUUCACUUGGCCGCUAGGAAUGGACAACCCGAAAAAGCCAGAAUCCUAUUGGAAAAUUCCGCCAAUGUUAACGACAUUCAAGAUCAAGGUUGGAACUCUUUGCAUUUGGCGGUGAGGUAUGGCCAACCUGACACAAUCAGUACCUUACUUGAAUACGGGAUUGAUAUCAAUGCCCAUAAUCGGGGAUGGACAGCCUUGCAUUUGGCCGCACUCAAUGGGCACACAGAUAUUGCUUCGAUUUUGCUGAACAAGUCUGCGUCUACAAUGUUGUCCAAUCAAGACGGAAAAACGGCCUUGGACAUUGCUCGAGAGGAGAAGCAUGAAAGGAUUGUGGCCAUUAUCUUAGAAUAUGAGUUUCAAGCCAAUACCCCACAACCUGUCUUACCUACCCCGCCUCCAACGCCGCCCUCUGCUCCACCAUUCGAAAUUGACCCUGCCUUGCGAAGUCACACAUCGGAUUUACUUCAAUGGCGAGAGAGGAUCAAGUCCGAGGUUGAUCAAUGUUCCUUGGAUAAUUCCAGGGACAGUAUUGACAGUGAAGAGUCUCCAGAUGAUAGCCUCGGACCACAAAUUGCUUGGAAGUCAUUGGAAGAGGAAACGAAGGAGCUUUUGGCGCAAUUGGAACAUCUUCGAGCCAAGGAGACUAACCAUAUCAAAGGGAAGAUGAAGCAGAUCAAGAGUAAUCAUAAGAGAAAACUUGAGCAAUUGGACGAACAAAAGUCAUUGCUGGCUGCUAAAAUUCAGGAGCAAGAACAAUCUAUCCCUAGGUUACAAGAAGAUUUCCAAUCCUUUGAAGGCAACCAAUUGGAAGCCAUGGGAGACAUUGACAUACUCUUGGCUAAUGCCUUGGCUGAAACGGAGAUCAUUGAAGCCCUUAAGAACAACCAAAUGGAGAACAGAUUCUCAGCUUGCGCUCCCACCAAAGUCCUUCUGGUCGAGGAUCUAGAAACCACUCAAAGAAUGGAGGUCCUUCAACUCCAUGAUGAACGACGUCGGCUUCAGGGUGAGAUCGAAGACAAGAAACAAGCCAUUGAGCCAGAACAGAAACUGUGCGAGGAGAAAAUUAAGAUCCUCCGAUCGGAAAUUAGUUUCCUGGAAUCUUCCAAGAUUGAUCUCGCCACGGAACACGAAAAGGACCUGAAUGAGUUGCAAGAGCAAUUGGAAAAGGCCGAACGACGCAAUGCCAUGAAGGGAGCCGAGGGGCCCGAACGAGAUGAACACUGGUUUGGUUGCCCCGUGUGUCUUAUUCUGUUGAAACCACCCAUGCGAAUUUUUCAAUGUCCUGAAGGUCACAUUCUUUGCGAGGAAUGCAAAGAGAACCCAGCCAUGGUUCAUUGCCCACAAUGCCGUUGCCAAUUGGAGGGACAAUGCUCAAGAAACAGAGCAUUGGAAGAAGUCGCCAGAUCCUAUUAUCCCAUGGCACCCAGUGAAACUCUCUGAGCAUGAUUGCCACGUGUUCCGCUCAAUGUAAAUGUAAAAAUAAGCGAGCCAUGAUUUGGUGGAAUUCGUACACAGCAAGACUUGGCGUUCUUUAUUGGUGUAAAAGCGACUUACAUUAGCUUUUUUUUUUGGUUGACAUUACUUACAAGAUCAUCAUUUGAUGUCACAAAAUGCAGCAGAUGCAGAGUCUGAUCCCAAUAGGUACGAUUCAUGGGAGAACUCUUGCAACGCGGUCGCAUUUAUAGGGGGAUUUUUCAUUUUCGAAUAGCCUAAAAUACAUGAUGACAGCCUGGAGGUCUGGCCGAGAGCUCAUACCAGCCCAUAUGAGCCCUUGGCAGUUGACUCAUUCCAAGCGGUGAAGUGGAGGGAAGAAGGGUGACGAAGGAGGAUAGGAAUGAAAAAAGCCAAAGUGCUCGGAAAUGGACCACACUCAACUAUACGGCGAAUCUGUCGGAAGGUGGGUGUGUCCGGUAGGAGUCAAAGUAAAAGCGAAGAAAGAAGGAUUUUGAAUGGAAGAACUGAGCUAGUAUCUCAAGAUCGAUCCAGCCCUUGCCAUGGAGGAUCCUCGCGCCAUGCUGGAAGCACGGGCAGCACUGCCAGCUCGGCUGUACGAAGACGACAUGCCCGAGGUACGGUAGUCUCCCAUGGCCGAGCUGCUGGACUUGUAUUCUCCCAUGGUGGAGCCGGCACGGUAAUCCCGAAGGGCGGAACCACUGCGCAUUUCUCGGGCAUUGGACAAGGCGUUUCCUGCGGAUGAAGAUGAGGAGUAAGCCAAAGCAGAGGAUUGACCGGCGGUAGCCAUAUCCGACAUGUUGGACACGUUAACGUUGUGCACAGUUUUCUUGACCACCACUUCGCGUUCGACUUCGUCAGAAACAUUCUCGCGGCGGGUAUCAGCAGUAGCGUAGACGCGUUGGCGGGAUCUGAAGGCGUUCAACGAGCUCUCGGCCUCCACGGCGCGGUUCUCAGCAGAUUCCAGUUCGCGUUGGAAUUUCUUGACACGCAUGAUGUUCGAAUUGGAAAUGGAUUCCUGCUCCUCCAUCUGCCUCUUGUACAUCUUGAUCUUCUCGUUCAAUUUUUCAAGGGACUCUUGCAGGAUGAUGAUAUUCUUCCUGUCUUC